GUCAAAAUGGCCGAUGUAGAGCUGGCAUCUCCUCCGAUUAUAUCUUAUCAUCGUCGAAUCGACAGAACUCCAGAGAAAGAUAAUGAUAAAACAUGUGAAACCACAAAGAUAAUGAAAAGUGAAUUGCGUCGGACACUGGAAAACGUCCACACCAAAAUGACUCGUCUUCAAGACGAUGUUGAUGACAGGGAAAAGGAAAUUGAAGUGGAGAGGAAGCGGCGAGAGGCUGCAGAGGAGAGACUUCAUGCCUACCUUGUUGAUAUGUAUAAUGAUGAGGGGGAGGUGAAUGAUGAACUCCGCCAUCGACUGCCACGUUCUAAUAAAACUGACCCACUAAAGUCAAAGUCGCAAGUGGAAGAGCAGAUAGAAGAGGUCAAGGAGAACCAGGUGGAGGCUGAAACAACUGAUGGCGUACUAGCUGCUUCUGGUCAAAACAUGGCUGCCGCAAGGAACUCUACAAUCGAGGACUUGGAGAGACAGAUUAUUCAAGAUGACAAGCCGCCAUUAUCAGGUUAUGACAAUGGACCAGCUUUAGGAGGUGACAAGGAUAAAUCUCACCAUGGAAACCAGUCCACUCCAGGACAGUCUGUUCCUCCCCGCCCAUACUUACCAUAUAUGGGCAUGCCUACAGCAUCAAUGUACAUGCAACCAGUAGCUCCCUACAUGUCAAGUUACAUGGGUGCUUCUUUUCAGCCCGGCAAUUUCCUUUCCCCGCCUCGUUACUUCAAUCCUGGGAUGAGGCCCCCAGCCCCUUUUAUACCACAGAGAUACAGUCCCAGUGCAGCGGGGUCAGCAAAUACCUCUGGGGAACACAUCGACAACCCGCUGAUGGUCGGGGAUCUACAGUCCUCUUCCCCGGGGACAGGGGAGAGUGGAGACCCCCCAGGGCCGUCUGGAGAUGGUCAGUCCAAGGACACGGCCAAUAGCUAUCCCUUUAGAACCUCCCCUUUUCACAAUCACACAUCACCUCCUUUCAACCCCUACAUGAGUGACCCCAACUAUGCAAGAUUUACUAGUGGACUCAACAUAGCUGGUCAUUUGUCCAGUCCAACUCGGCCAGAAGAUCAAGCAAAACAGGUUGCAUUAUUGAUGGCAGAACUAGACCACGAGAAGGCAUGCAAUAAAAAGUUGGUGGACAGAUUGGCAGAUGCGGAAAUAGAACUGGAAACAUCCAAGAUAUCAUUGAAGGUGUCCAGCGCUGACCACCACUGCGAUACAGAAGCAGGCAAGGCUGCAGCACUUGUUCAAGAAGUCCACACAGCACAGAAAAAGCGGGAUGAAUUGUCCCAGAAGAGAAUCAAGGUAGCCAAUCAGGAACGCGAUGAAGCUUUGUUAAGGUUACGACAGGCAGAAGUACGACUGGAUGACCAGGGCUAUGGAACACCUGAAAGAUCAGACAGUGACGAUUUAGAUGAAGAUGAUCAGGGCAUGGAACAGCUGCUAGCACGGCUUGGUGGACCAGAAUCUGGGGACGGUGCAGAGCAGGAGUGCUCUACCCUGCUUCAGAGGCUGGAGAUGAGAAAGAGGAGACAGCAGGAGAUCACUGCGGAGGAGAUGCAGGUCAUUCUCGAACAACGUGACACCGCUCUGGCAAAAGCCCGCAGGUAUGAAGAGGAACUGCUCCGACAGCAGCGACAGGGGGCCGACCAUAACCUCAAAGCCAAACUUGCAGCAGUCACUCAAGAGAGAGACAUGGCCCUGUCCCAAAUAAAGCAGCUGAAAGAUGAGAUCAUGACGAUCCGCAUCUAUUACAGUUUACACAAAUCUUUAUCACAAGAUUCACAUGAUCAGCUGAAUACGUACCAGAGCGGAAGCUCGAAGCUUGGAAUAGAUACCAGCGGUGAGGGGGACCAAGUCAGAAAGGAGAGCAACACAAGUGUGGCACAGUUAAGGGCAGCGGAACAUGAAAAUAUUCAACUGGAGGCUGACCUUCAGAAACUGGAACAUUCUCACCAGGACAGCAAGGACAAGAUAGUCAAGUUGGAAAGACUUGUUGAUAUUCUGCGUAGGAAGUUGAAAGGCCUUGAAUUAGAAAGAGACGAGGAGGCUAACGAACAGUAGAAGAGACAGAGCAAAUUUUGAAAAAGCAGUUUUAUCGCAAUCUUUGGAAGACAAUUUCUCCAAUCUUGAAGGUGCAACAAUUUGCCAUUUUUGAGGAGAGCAUCAACAAAUUUUACGGAACAAUCUUUUGGCCACCCUGAGGAGAUUCUUGGUUUUUUAUAAAUACUGAAAAUGGAAAUAAUAUCCCCGAUUUCAGACAUGACAGGAAUUUUGCCAAACCUGAAAGUAGCAGAUAUUUUGCCAAAAAAAAAAAAGCAGAAGGCUCUUUGAAGGAGCCAAAAUUUGCUUUUGUCAUAAUUCAAAAGUGUAAAAAUAAAUAGUGGCAUUGUCUAACUUACCAAAGAUUUUCUUAAAUGUCCCUAAACAUAUUUUACGAAUUUACAUGACAACGAAGUCAGUUCCUUUUGCCAGUAGUUAAAUGUCUCUAGUGUUCAAUUAAUGGAACAGAUUUCUUCGGAAAUAUCUUCAUGUAUGAUUAGUUCAUCUACCUUUAAGAAAUAGGUUCUCAAUAUUUUUCUUAUCUACUGUAAAAGUGGAAAUAUUCGCGCUGUGGAAAUGUUCACGCUUUUUCAUUUUGAGUUUAUUCCGCGAAAAAAUAUCCACACGCGAAAACAUUUAUAUUUAUAGAUUAUAUAGAUAUACAGGAUGUAUAUGUUUCUGACCCAUUGCCUACACCUGGGAUCUGUAUUAGUGGUCAUAAUGUGAAUAUUUCCACUUUUACAUUAUUAUUUUGUGUACCUAUAUUACAGACUAGGAGUGAGACUAUUUAACUCCAUGUCCCUCUGUGAUAUAUACAGUUUGUUACGUAUACCCGGAACGUUUUUGCUUGUUUUUUUAUUUUCCCUUCUACAGCAAUUCUUUGUGUGUACGUUAUAUAUACAGAUAUACCUUAUAUUAUGUCUCCUGUGUUUAUAUACCCUGAAAUGUCCCGAUUACAAUAUAUCUAGUACCCUGUGAUGUUCUCUGAUUACUUACACCCCAAAUACUCUAUAUACUAUAUAUGUGCAAUGUUCACAUUAUUUAUGUGUGAAAACCCCAUCUAACUCUUCCCUAUGUUUAUAUCAUUACAGAAUUCCUAG